GAAUGAAAUGUCCGUCUCCCUCCCCGGGCUCCGGCGUUGCCGCCGCGCCGCCGCUGAGGGGACCAGGAAGUGUGGGGAGCCUGGAAAAAAAGACCAGCGGAGCCCACGCCGGGCCCGCCUGCCUCCCGCUUCUUUGUGCCGCGGCUUCUGCUCCCCGCCGCGAGGGGAGGAGGAGGAGGCGAGAUGGCGGCGCUGGCCGGCCGGCCGGGCCCUGGAAACGCGGCGGCCGCGGCGGCGGGGCGGACGACCCAGAGCGAGGCCCGAGCGAGACGGCAGCGCCUCGUCCUGGGUCGCCUGCGGGGCAGCGGGGAGCCCAACCGUCCUCGCCUUCAUUCCCCCCCCCCGCGCCCUCUUCCCGAGUGGGGGGUCCUCCUGCGGUGAGGACCCCCCUGAGGCCCCCUCAUUACUAUUUGAGGUGGGGGCGCUGUGGUGACCCUCGGGGAGGGGAGGACGCCUCCCCGUUUCUUUCCCUCCCCGGGCGGAGUUGGGCUUGUUUUUAAGCCGCCCCGCUUUGUCCGCUUCUGGCUGGGCUCGGCCUAAAGAAGAGGGGUCGCGGGGUGGUACGGGGCGGGUGGCCCCUCGCCAGCCCGACCCUCCCGUCGUGCCGCGCCGCGCCGCUUUUUCCGCGGUUCCAGGACUGGCUGGGGUCCGAGGGGGGAAAUGGGACGCUGUCAGAGAAAAAGGGGCUCCCGCAAUCCCCAGCCAAGGAGGAGAUGCUUCGUCCUGCUGCCCGGGCAUGACGGCCCUAAAGAUGGAUGGUGAUAAUUCUACAACAGAUGCUUCACAGCUGGGAAUUGCUGGAGAUUAUAUUGGUAGUAGUCACUAUGUGAUCCAACCUCAUGAUGAUACUGAGGACAGCAUGAAUGAUCAUGACGAUACAAAUGGUUCCAAAGAGAGUUUUAGAGAACAAGAUAUAUAUCUUCCUAUUGCAAAUGUGGCAAGGAUAAUGAAGAAUGCUAUACCUCAGACAGGAAAGAUUGCUAAAGAUGCAAAAGAAUGUGUGCAGGAGUGUGUCAGUGAAUUCAUCAGUUUUAUCACAUCAGAAGCAAGUGAGAGGUGUCAUCAAGAGAAACGGAAGACAAUAAAUGGAGAAGAUAUUCUCUUUGCUAUGUCUACUCUGGGGUUUGAUAGCUAUGUUGAACCUUUGAAGUUGUAUCUUCAGAAGUUUAGAGAGGCAAUGAAGGGAGAAAAAGGCAUUGGUGGAACAGUUACCACAGCAGACGGCCUUAGUGAGGAGCUCACAGAGGAAGCAUUUACUAGCCAGUUGCCAGCAGGUUUGAUAACUACAGAUGGCCAACAACAAAAUGUCAUGGUUUAUACAACGUCCUAUCAACAGAUUCCUGGUGUUCAACAAAUUCAGUUUUCAUGACUUGAAGACUUUAGACAUGUAAGAAAUAUGAACAAGGGAUGCUAAAGGAAAGAGAACUUGAAUUUGAAUUGGCUAGCGAAGAAAGAAAUGUCACUUUGUAUAUUCAAUAGUUGUAAUGUAGCUUCCUGAGGCUUGACUAAUUGAGACGUGAACUCUGAAUCAAACCUUUUUUCAUGAGUGAUUUUAAAAGAAAUUUGGAUUUUAAAGGUAUUAAAAUAUUUUUUUUGUUUUGUACAAGAGUUUGUUGCUCUGUAUAACUCCUAUAUGCAUUGUAUAUUGCAAUUUACUACUGUCAAGAGAUUUGUAGACAGUUUCUUAUUUUCAUAUUGAAUCAUGUUACUUUUGUAAUUCAAGUAAACAGCUGGGUUUAAUUCACGUUUACCCUUUGAAUAAAACACAAGGGUACCGUUCAUUUUGAAUGCAAGUUGCCUUUAUUAUAAAAAUUGAGAUGAUCUUUUGUUUUGUAUCUGUCUUGCAUGAGUUGAAUUAAAUAUUUAUUAAUAUUUAACUUGAAAUUCCUCAAAUGCCCACAAUUCAAAAUGAGCGCUCCCAGUACUUUUAAUAUAAUACUUCAAAUAAUGGGAAUCUAGAAGUAACCCAUCUUUGGAUCCUAGCAUUAUAACCUUGGGUCAUGGUCCCUGGGAACUAUUUUGCACAAGCUGUAAAAGAAUGAAGGUGGGUUUGUCACGAACUGUUGUCUUGUAUGCAGAAUUAGUUCUGUGGAUUGUCUGGUACCCAGUAUCAGUGUUAACUGUAUCUGGUAGUGCAGUCCCUGUUUUGCAACAAUUAGAAAUAUGUAGUAAAAGGGUUAUUUUUUUGUUGAUCUUUGAAUAGGGAUAUUCAUCUUGCUACUUUUGAAAUAAAUUCCUUUUAAUUUAUGA